AUGCGCACAAAAAAACUCUUGUCGGUCCUUUUCAUCACCGUCAAUACAAUAAGCAGGGUUAACAUACGGUUCCCAGAAACCGGUACUUCUGGCAUCCGAAGUCUCCUUGCUUGUUCCGGGAGGCGUAGUCCACAAUGUCCUGUGUCAAAACGUAAAGAUUGUGAUGAUGCAGGACAUUGUGGACUCCGCCUCCCGGAACAAGCAAGGGAACUUCGGAUGCCAGAAGUACCGGUAUCUGGGAACCGUAUGUUAAUUCUGCUUACUGUAUUGACGGUAAUGAAAAGGACCCCCAUUUAA